AUGCUGCACAAGUAUCUGCUUUUGCCACUGCUGGCAUCUUACGGCGCGGCAGUCACAAUCUCAGUCGCAAAGUCUGGCGGUAAUGCCACGUCUGGUCUGCAAUAUGGCGCAAUGGAAGAGGAAAUCAACCACUGCGGUGAGGGAGGUCUCUAUGCUGAACUGAUUCGCAACAGAGCUUUCCAGGGUAGCUCAAAGUUCCCUUCAUCACUGGACGCCUGGACUGCUGCCGGGGAUUCUUCGCUUUCCCUCAAGAACCUGACUGAUCCCCUGUCCACCGCGCUGCCUACCUCUGUCAAUGUCAAGGGAAGUGGAACCGCUGGUCUUGUCAAUGCAGGCUUCUGGGGAAUCGAUGUUCGACCCCAGAAGUACAGUGGAUCCUUCUUCGUGAAGGGCAAAUACAGCGGGUCCUUCACGGCCUCUCUCCUGUCGCCUAGUGGUAAGGUCUUGGCCUCCACCAAGGUCACCUCGAAGAGUAAGGCGGACUCCUGGGUGCAGCACAGCUUCACUCUUACACCGAAGUCCAAGAGCUCCGAUACCAAGAACACCUUCUCACUGACCUUCGAUGGCUCUAAAGCAUCGAGUGGUUCGCUUGACUUCAACCUCAUCAGUCUGUUCCCGCCUACCUGGAACGACCGUCCCAAUGGUAUGCGCAAGGACUUGAUGCAGGCCAUGAAGGACAUGGGUCCCACUUUCCUGCGCUUCCCUGGUGGUAACAACCUUGAGGGUGACACUAUCCCGGGUCGAUGGAAGUGGAACGAGACCAUUGGACCUCUCAAGGACCGCCCUGGUCGUGCAACCACCUGGCAAUACCAGGAAACUCUUGGUCUGGGCCUGGUUGAAUACAUGGAGUGGUGUGAUGAUCUCAACAUGGAACCCAUUCUUGGUGUCUGGGCCGGACUUGCCCUGAAUGGCGAUGUGGUCCCCGAGUCCGAACUCGACUUCUACGUGCAAGACGCACUCAACGAGAUUGAGUUCCUGACUGGAUCCGUGGACACUGAGUAUGGUGCUUUGCGCGCCAAAGUCGGUCACCCAGAGCCCUGGAAGAUCAAAUACGUCGAGGUCGGAAAUGAGGACAACCUCAGCAAUGGCUUGGAGUCGUACAAGGCGUACAGAUUCGAGGCAUUCUACAAGGGCAUCAAGGCCAAGUACCCUGACAUCCAGGUGCUGGCUUCAACUAUCGACAUGACUAUCCCUGAAGGUGCCGGUGGCGACUGGCAUCUGUACGAUACCCCGGAUAACUUCAUCACCAAGUUCAACAUGUUUGACAACUACUCGAAGGACCACCCCAUCCUCCUUGGCGAAAUCGCCGCCACUGAGCCCAACAAUGGAGGUGCUGGCAUUGACUGGUCUAACACCCACUUCUCUCUCUACCCAUGGUGGAUUGGCACCGUCUCCGAGGCUGUCCUGCUUCUGGGUGCUGAGCGCAAUGCCGACAAGAUCAUCGGAACUACCUAUGCCCCCUUCUUGAUGAACCUGGACAGCUACCAGUGGUCCCCGACAAUCCUGUCUUUCAACUCCAACCCCGAUGAGACAGCACGCUCAACCAGCUACCAUUUGUACAGCCUCUUCAACCACAACAUCAUGACCAACACUCUGCCCUCCGAAUCUCCCGACUCCUUCGGUCCCCUGUACUACGCCACAGGUCUGAACAGCAAGACCAACUCGCACAUCUUCAAGGCUGCAGUGUACAACAGCACCGCUGACGUCCCAGUCUCACUAACCUUCGAGGGUGUCGGACGCGGCACAAAGGCCGACUUGACCAUCUUGACUGCACCUGACCCCUUCACCAUGAAUGCCGUUGGUGGUGACAACCUUGUCAAGAGCAAGACCACCCACAUCAAGGCUGGAAAGAAGGGUGAAUUCAGCUUCAAGCUUCCUAACCUUAGUGUUGCGGUCCUGUCUACCAACUAA